CACACCCCUUAGAAGUCAUCCAAGCAACUUGGACUGGAAGCCGAAAGUCACAAUUGUGAAUUCCAUCACCGCAAAGCAGAAGAGGCCUGCAUAGAGCGUGAAAAGCCAGCCUCAGAUUGCAAAUAAGCUUCAGGUGCUUUGCUUUGACACGGCAGGAAAUGUAAAGAGCAUGUGAGCAGGCGGCUGCAAACUGAAAGCAGCCCUCAAAAUCAGAACCCUCUAGAUGUGAAAUAACACCCCAAAGUGGCCCACUCUGGAGGAGAUGGACCCUGUCGUACCUUCAUGCAGUGCCACCUCAGAAGCAGAUGAUGAUGUCUUUGCAGAUGGAUGUUUCACAGAAAAGCUUGAGUACUUGCUCCAGAAGUGCAGAUUGGGGGCCUGCUUUGAUAACCGCUGCUGUUGGAGUUUGGGUUCUGAUUCAGCAUUAAAUGGUGGCAAUGAAAAGGGCCGAGCAAUGCAUGCAGCCACUACAGAAAGCAUCAAAUCUCCCAACAAACGUCCAUCACUUUGCUCCAGUGCACGGAACGCCACACCAAGUGUUCCGGAGGUCUUACAGCGUUGGGAGGAUGCGGAAGACACGCUGUACGAGAUGGGUUUCGGCUGCGAUGAGCCACAUCUCACCGUGCGCAUCCCUCCUCGUUUCCUCACCUUCCCGUCGCAAGCUCGGGGCAUCAACUUCCGCCUUUUCCUGGACUCGCAGCUCAGGCGGAUACGAGAGGAGGAUCCUAGCUUGUGUAUUGCUAGUCGUUUCAGACAAGUCCAGGCGCUGACAGAGAUGGCCAACGCUUUCUAUUCCUUGUACUCGCACGUGUCCCGCACGCCUCUACGAAAACUGGCAGCACCGGAAUUCACCUUCACCUCACCCGUGGAGAAGAUGGAGCGCUUCAGGAGCAGCGUUCAUAGCGAGCCACGCUCCCCUGCUGACAGGUUUAAGGACACCGUCUCCAAGAUGUGUCUCUAUACUGGGUCACCACGGGGGUCUGAUUCCACAUCACCUUUGCCCUCACCGAGAAGAACAACAACAACAACAACCAGCCUGCCAGUGGAUCAAUUCCCUGAUCCGGUCCAGAUGGAGGCUACCAAGAGACAGGAAUUGGUGGACACCAGGAGAGACACUGGUGUCUCAUCACUGGGGUCAAAAAGUGUGGCGGAAACACACCAGACAUGCUUUCAAAGAUGGAGCACAAACCUUGGACUCCAAGAUAAGUCCAGCAUCUUUGAGUUUGAUGAGGAGGAAGUCACAUUUCCUGUUAGCAACACACUUAGCAGCCAACAUUCAGGCAUCUUCCCUGCACAGCAACUACCUCCACAGUCAACUCAUUUGAGUUCGAGGUCUUGAGCUUGUGAUCAGUCAGCUAGUCAGUUGACACUUUACUGCCACAAGCGGUAGGAAAGUGUAUUACACUUACCUGCUUUGGCUAAUGCUGCAAAUCACCAGGAUCCCAUUGAAUGGUGAAAAAGCUUGUGGAGCCUUAAAAUUGUCAGGUACAUGAGUCAUUUUCAAAAUGUAGGAAUGUGAUUACAUAUUUUAUGUGUUAGAGGGUGUCAAAACUUUUUUUCCACCAAGGGCCACAUAGAAUUUGAUAUUUUGGAAAGCAUGUUAUAUUUUUAUAUAUUGUCUUUUUAACCAAAAAGCUGUAUGUCGGCUCUGUGACAUUGGUAGCAAAGUGUAUUAUGAACUGGGGUCUUUGCAUCUUUCUCAUUUUUUAAAAUGUAUUUUUCAAAUGUUUCACUU